GUUGAAUUCUACAUUAAACCUAGCAGUAUACUUCUAGUAUAUUAAUGUAAUUAUAGACCAAAACGUCACCCCUCACAGGUUCCAUAAAGUUGGACCCACCAUGUGGGGUUUCCGGUAGAAGCAAGGUGUGUUUAGGAAUGUUCUUUGUGGUUGACAGGGCGAUAUUGCUAUACAGCUGCAGCGAAGAGGACAUCAAUGUUGUAGGGAUGUUGGGGAAUAUCAUUGGGGGCACACCUUUUACAAUAGCCUCCAGUUAUAUCGAUGACGUCACGUACCCAUCAACCCAGAGUUGGUGAGGUGGAUAGAUGAGUGCUGGAACCACAAUAGGUUACAAGUCUAAUGGACCCAUGGAUCGAUAUAUAUUGACGAACGUCAUUGCUCUCAUGGCCACCCCUCGCGAAUUAAUAACGUGUACACCAUACGACUCCCAGGGGAGGUAAAGGCGAUCAAUCCAAAGAUGUCCUCAGCCAGCAGUUCAAGUAGCAAUCUGUCUGAGAUUCCCACCGCCCAUCCAGAGCAUAGCCCGGCGUUCGAAUCCGUUAGACCAUCAACGCUGAGCCGACGCUCCACCAAUGUUGAGCUCUCACGAAUCGAGUCGCUUCGUCUGACACACCGGUCGACCGUUGGAUCGACAGCUGGACCAGCCCCACGAGAUCAAUGGCUACCAUUUGGCGGCGGAAAGGAUUAUCCUCCGUUGCUGCCUGACCCCGAGAAAUAUGUCGUAGAAUUCACGGGAGAGGACCCAAUGGAUCCGCAUAACUGGCGUAUGAGUACCAAGAUUCUUUUGUCCUGCAUUCUCGCGUAUGUCACUUUCGUGUCUUCAUUCGCCAGUGCGAUCUUCUCUUCGACAGUCGCCGCGACCAGUGAAGAAUUCCACGUUAGUACGGAAGUCACGACAUUAGGUGUGACGCUCUAUGUCUUAGGUUUCGCUGCCGGACCAACAUUCUGGGCCCCAGCUUCGGAGCUGGCCGGCCGACGAUGGCCACUUACUGCGGGUGCCUUUGGGGCUAGCAUCUUCACCAUUGGGACAGCAACAGCUAAAGAUGUCCAGACGAUCAUGUUGACCCGGUUCUUCGCUGGGUUCUUCGCCGCUAGUCCGCUGGCCCUUGUCCCGGCAGUAUUCGCCGAUAUUUACAAUAAUCGUCAUCGCGGCGUGGCUAUCGCCAUGUUUGCCAUGGCGGUGUUUGUUGGGCCAUUCGCAUCCCCAUUUACGGGCGGAUUCAUCACCAUGAGUUACCUCCACUGGCGAUGGACCAUGUAUAUUGCCGCCAUUAUGGGUUUCUUCGGAUCGGCGUUGUUGCUCUUCUUCUUCCGAGAAACCUAUGCGCCCAUGGUGUUGGUGGAAAAGGCGUCCAUACUACGACGCCAAACUCAUAAUUGGGGAAUCCAUGCGAAACAAGACGAGGUCGAGAUUGAUUUCAACCAUUUGAUCACAGUUAACUUCAGUCGGCCCUUCCGCAUGUUACUCACGGAGCCUAUUGUCUUCUUGGUGACAUUGUACAUGUCUUUCAUCUACGGGCUGAUGUAUGCGCUGCUGGGGGCAUAUCCCGUCGUAUUCCAGCAGAUCCAUGGGAUGAACUUGGGAGUCGGGAGCCUGCCAUUCAUCGGGCUAAUCAUCGGCGAGUUUGCUGGGGGUGCUUACACUCUCCUCAGCCAGUCUGCAUAUACGAAGAAAUUAAUGGCUAAUAACGAUAUCCCGGUGCCGGAAUGGCGAUUACCCCCGGUAAUCGUGGGCGGAAUCGCCUUCACGGUAGGUCUCUUUUGGUUCGGUUGGACAGGCUGGACGAAGAACAUCCACUGGAUGGCUCCCACGGCAUCUGGGCUUUUGGUGGGGUUUGGUAUCUAUUGCAUUUUCCUGCAAUGCUUCAACUAUCUGAUCGACUCGUAUCUGCAAUUUGCCGCUUCGGUCUUCGCCGCCAACACCAUCCUCCGGUCUGCCGUCGGGGCGUGUUUUCCGCUUUUUUCACGUCAGAUGUUUGUCAACCUGGGUGUUCAGUGGGCUGGAACGCUGUUGGGUUGUCUUGCCGCUAUCAUGAUCCCCAUUCCAUUGGGAUUCAUCAUCUGGGGCCCCACGUUGCGACGGAUGAGUAAGUUUGCGCCGACCGCGGCAGUUUUCGAGGAAAAGUCGGGGUAG